CGUAGAAGAAGAACCUCGUCUCCGGUGCGCGGGAUAUUCGGAGUUUGUCAACAGCUUCUUUGUUUUGCUAACGCUAGCUAGUGUUUUACCACGUUAGCUCAAAGCCAGCGUAGCAGACCUGCUUUCAGCACAUCCAGUGCAAAAUAUAUGUUUUACAAAGCUGUCUUACACGGAUGUAAGUGGUGGUUAAUUGAGGGCACGUUUUUCUUUUAAUAAAGAUAUGCAAACUUGGUGGCUAACAGUUUGCUAGCCAGUGGCGGACAGUGGGCUCGCGGACCGAAACAGCUGCUUAAACCGAAACCCGAAUGGAGACCGAACAGCCCACUCUGAGGAGACCACAGAAGAGGCUCCACUACUUCCUAGACAAGGAAAGUUCAUCUACACAAUGGGCAGGAAAAGUGACUCUGCAAGACAUUGACAGGCUGUUCGAUGACUUGGAUUCAGCCUCGGAUGGUGUUGAUGAGCUUCUUCCUGUUUCUCCACUGCUUAAGACUUCCUCUAAGCCAGAGAAAGCAGAGAUGGAGAGUGAAGCUUCACCAGUGCCAUGGAAAGGCCAUCAUAAUGAAAAACAUCAAGUUUGUCAAAUGAUUCCUGAAGGAGAUGUCCUGCAAACACCAGUGAAGUCAGUGGGUGAAAAACUUGACAUGGAUAUGUUCAGCCCAUUUAAAGGGCAUGGACCAAUGAAAACGUCUAGCCCCAUUGAGUGGAAUAAAGAUGUGGAGGAGCCAGAUGAUGAAAAAGACAGAACCGUGUCCCCAAUUCUCUUUGCCUGUGAGGAUGAUGUACAGGAAGAGCUGAAGAUGAUACCUCUCCCCAUCCAGAAACCCCCUCAAAGUGGGCAAAUCACAGAGAAGAGUGGUGAUGCUGAUUUGGAGUCUCCUCCAAACAAGUUUGCUUUAAGUUCUGCUCACACUAAGAAGAUGGAGUCGUCACGCAAGGAAAGCAGCAAAGAGAUUGACCCGGUUACAGAUAAAACAGUCAAGAAAUGUCCAGCACCAGCCUCUGAGGAUCCCAAGACAACAACAAUGCAGGGCAGUGCAGACCCACCAGUGUCAGGAGUGAGGCAGGAGCCUCAACACUCCACUCAUGAGAAGAAGUCAGAAAGUGUGUGCAGGCAGCUGCCGGUGGAGCUGUGCAGCCGUGUGGGAAAAGAUGUGUCUACUUUUCUCCAGAGGGUUAGAGACGCUGGGCAGACCAAACCUGCAUGUCCCAAGAGGCCACUGUCUCAGAAAGUACCCGCUCCUCCUCCUGAGCCAGAGGAUGACUUCUGCAUCCUGGAAGAUGACACACCUCUUUUGUUCUCCAUCCCAAGUAAAACAGCCCACAGCAAGAGUGUGUCUAAGCAGAAGAAGCAGAGCAAAACUUCCAGCACUGAUGAAGAAAAAUCAGCUAACAAGGGGACAAAGGACAGCCAACCAGAGAAGGUGGAAAAACAGCAGGAAUCAGUGCAGACAAAGAGCCAAGAGGAGAGUCAGGCAGAUCAUCAGAAAACAAAGAAGAAAAAAGGGAAAGGCAGUGAUUCAGACAUUACUUCAGUAUCCACAGCACAAAUGAAUCCUGUUGGUAUGAAGGCAACGGAGCCUGCAGAUGAGAGUAGUGAAGAUGCAUUCAGCAGUCAAGAAGACUUUCCUGCCGGUGACCUGAUGGAAGAAGCUAAACAGAAUAAAAAGAAGCAUAGCAGGAUCCCAUCUAAAGAAAGAAAAGCUGCUGACAAGGCAGACGACCAACUUAGAGUUGGUGCCACCAGUGAUUCUGUGAAAGGAAAAUCUACUCUCAAAAGAGAAAAACCUCUGAAGGUUUCGGAGGUGAGGACGUCAAAGCCCAUAAAAGAUGGUAAAGAAAAUGCCAGAAAGACUAAAGUCAAGUCGUCACAGCAGACCAGAGAAAAGCCUCAGGCCAAUAAUUCAGUACAGGAGCCUGUCUCUGUAGAAGCUCUGAUGAAGCGAAACCACGAGCAGAGCGACGAAGAGCACCAAGAAUCUGUAGACCUGCAUUCUCCACAGCAGGAGGACGAGCAACAUUUCAGUCCAGCUGAAGAAAUCAUGAAACCUGAAGUGCAAAGAGAAGUGGCAUCAGCAGAUCCAGCAAAUGGAAAGGCCAAGCAGAUCAAACCCUUGAUAGAUGGAGAAGAGAGCUCACCUGAAAACAGCCAGAUGCUUGGCAAACGGAAAAGGAGGAAGCCUGGAGAGUGGUGGCUGAGCUGCCCUCAGAUCGCAGAGGAAACAAAGGUUAAUGAUGUCCCACCUGUGCUCAAGAAGUCAAAACAGAAGCUCAGAGCAGAAGUAUUUUCACCUAUCAAGCCAAGGAAGGCUGAAGAUUUAGGUGAGAGGAUUCAGUCUGUGCUGUCACCCAGUCAGACUACAAAGCAGAAAGCUGAGAAAAAGAAGACCAAGCUGAAUAAAAAGAAAACAAGGACAGUAGAAACUUCAACAGACCAAGAAUCUAAUGUGGCAGAAGAGCUUCAAGACCAGGAGCAGCAGGUUCUGGAUCAGGACUCUUAUGACUUCCCACAACGAGAGCACACCCACGCCGCAGGGGAUAAGAUUUUUCACAGAACAUACCAUCGUACCCCUGAUGCAAAAGGGCCCAGAACACCAGCCCCUCCCCCUCCCAGAAGAUCGCAAAUUGAGUGUGUCGAAACGCCAUUACUCGGGAAACAGAGGAGAAAACGCAUCAGUAAGAGGUUGGAGGUUAAUGAAAUCUCUGAGAAUGUGGAGAGACUCGCCUCACAACCCCAAAAACUGAAUCCAAAAAAUCCCAAAACUCAAAAGCUGAGAGGAAAGCAGUCUAAACAACUGAAAUCCCCUGCACUUGGAAUCCCCAAAAACGGCAACGUGGCGGUCUCUCCAAAGCCACUGGGUGGUGCUCCUGAACCCCUGCUGAAACAGAGACCGCUUUCGGCUCCAAAGUCUGUUAAACGAUCUUUGGCCACAUUUAAAGACAUCUUCAGCUCACCAACGGGGAACCCUACUGUGACCAGCAGUAGAGGCACAUGUCAGAGAAGGAGACAGGAGGAGCGGCCUGUUCAGAACAGCCAUGUCAUGGGACAUCCUGCUGAGGACCCUGCGCAGGUUUCUGUCUCUGACUCUGUCAGACUCGACAAGACUGACAGUGUCGUGGUCACUAUGGACGCCUCAGAGCCUAAAAAGAAACGUGACAGGCCUUUGAACCCCGAGAUCCUAAGGGACAGCAAAUGUUACACAGAGAGCAUCAGGUUAAAACACCUCAGCAGUGGGCCGUCCUCCAUGAUUGAGUUGGAACAGUAUGAGGAAAAUGAAGACUGCACUCUGCCGUCAUCCAAAGAUGUCCAUCUUCUCCUGUCUGAAUCUGAGUUCUGCGCUCCUCCUCUCAGGCCGCUGGUCCUACAGGUUAAGGAUAAGGCCAACCUCGCUGAGUGGCUCAGGAAUCUGUGGCCAGUCACUGUCGGCAAUGAAGGCGAGGUAACUCCAGACCACUUUAAUUGGUACUUCUACCAAGGCAGAGCGAUGGGCCUUCAUGUAGAUCUGCAUUGUGGGUCCUUCUGUAACGGAAAGAUGUUGCUGGGCUCCUACAUGAAGAAACCACUUUGGGUGGAUCACAGUGCAACAACUGUUUUUAACAUCUUGACAAGCUGUGUGAGUGUGACCAUCAAUGGCCAGGUGUCCCAUUUUAACCCAGGACAGUCCUUCAUGGUGCCACAUGAACAUGCGUACAGCAUCCAAAACCUCACUGAAGAGCCUGCAGUGCUGUACUUCAACCGGAUGCUGGCAGGAAGUCUAGACUGAGUCUGUCAGCGGCAGAUCCCAGCACCCCCCGUCUCUGCAUUUUAAAAAUGUCGGUUUAAAAAAGAUAUUUAAUUUUUUUUUUCUAUACUUGGAACAGAGAAAAGCAUUUUUGGUGGCUGAUCUAUUAAAAUAUCAAGGAUUUGUAAAUAGAAAAAAAGUUUGACUGUAAUUUUGUUUUUCAGUAAAUGCCUGUCAUUAUUUAUGAUCAUAAACUGCAUUUAUAAUGACGGCCUAGAUACAGCCAACAGCAUUGCUAAGGAAUUGUAAAUAAUAAAGGUUUGUGGUUUUUCACUA